UUAUAAUUACACCAACAAAAAACAUAUUAUAUACAGGACAUUGGACACAUCAUCAGCCCUUUUUUAUGUCCCCACUGCAGGGGCUUAGGCCUUCCUUAUGGAUGGUUAAGGAGGAUGGGCCAUGACCCUCCACGCUGGCCCAAUGCGGAUUGGAGGGUAUUAACGACUGCAAAUGCAGCCGGGACCAACGGCUUAACGUGCCUUCCGAAGCACGGAGACAUUGGACACAUCAUCAGCCCUUUUUUAUGUCCCCACUGCAGGGGCUUAGGCCUUCCUUAUGGAUGGUUAAGGAGGAUGGGCCAUGACCCUCCACGCUGGCCCAAUGCGGAUUGGAGGGUAUUAACGACUGCAAAUGCAGCCGGGACCAACGGCUUAACGUGCCUUCCGAAGCACGGAGUAGCUCGAGUCAAUUAUUUUUUGGUCACCCAUCCCGUGACCGACCCCUGCGAAAGUUGCUUAACGACAACGAUCGCGGGCCGCGGCGCUUAACCACUACGCCACCGAGCUUAAUGUCAUUGGACACGAGGACCAUUUAAAUAUAUGCCUAAAAAUAAAGCAAUAUU